GCGGCCGGAUCCCAGAUGCGCGCGUGCCGCCGCCGCGGGGACUGCGCCCGUUUGCCUGCCCCUCGUCGGGGAUCGGGCGCUCCCUCUGAGACCUGAAAGGGCACCCAAGUGCCCCCUGUCUGCGAAGUCCGGCGCGGGCCCUUCGGCGCCCCCGAUGUCUCUAGGCUUCCGCAGGAGGCGCCCUGUAAAUCUUGAGUCUUCCUGCAGCGAGGGGGCACAGGACAGCUGCGAAUUGGGACGAACGAGCCCAGAGCCCCGGGAAGGAUCAGAACCUCGAAGGCGGCUUCAAGUCGGCCCCGCAGCCCGAGGUGACCGUGGGCGGUUACGUUGCCCGAGCUCGCCCCCUCCUCCUGAGCGCAGGUGCCCGUGGGACAUACACCCGCCCACCUGCUCCGGAAAGUUCCCUCCAGAAGGGAGUUCCCGCGCCACCGAGACCCGGGAGCUCCCGAUCAGACUCCCAGGCCGUGAAAGGCGUUAUCGGACAGGGCCCAGAGGCGCCCCCACCGCAAGAAGAAAGUCUGGGGUUCUCACCGUGUGCCAGUUGUUUGGAAUCCUUAAGCGUGCAAAAGCUUUGAACAGAAGAGUUCACAAAGGAACCAGGGUUGUCUUAUGGCAUCAGUUACGCCAGAGCCUCUGGGUCAUCCACAUCAGGAGCAGAAGCACUUGUUGGUCCUGCUGCCACGGUUUGGGCGCCCAACACGCCCGCGUCCACCUCGUCCUCUCCUGCCACCAUGUUCUGGGCGGCCAAGGUCUCCAAACUUGAUCUCCAGCUGAGAUGUUAUAUCAUCUGCUGGCUUCUGGAAAUGAUGGUCCAUAACCGAUUCUUCAGCAUGAGCCGCUUCACUUUUUGAUUUAUGAAGAACAAAUCCCUUCUUCCACUGCCCAUCAGCACCUUCAUUUGGUUUUCAGAUAUUAAAAUUUACU